UUGGGCCAUCAGUUGUCAUCGUUAUAUGUAUGUUCCAUAUACUGUUCGCCUGCCGUGUGCUGUGGUGCUGUCUAUUGUUGGAUUUUUUUGCACAAUUGAGAUAAUACUUUGAAUAUACACUCUGAAUCGAAAUCCGAGCACUCGGCAUUCAAUUCGUGUUUGUCGUUUGAGCGCGCCGCAUUCAAUUGAGUUAAAGCGAAAUCUAAAAUAAAACAAGAAUAGGCGAAAAAAACGAAUUGUGUGUGCCAUUCAAAAAAUAAAAAAAAAAUAAAAAUCAAGAAAAUUGAUAAUCCGCAAAUUAAGUAAAUCUAAAUAAAUUUAUAGAAAAUGCAGUACAUUUAUGUGAUUAGUGCUCUGAUUCUGGCAGUGGCUGUGCAGCAAGGUGAGGCUAUCAAGUGCUUUGUCUGCAAUAGCCACAAAGAUGCAAAUUGUGCAUUGGAUAUACCACCUGAUAAUCUGCUCAAGGAUUGCCAAGAAGAUUACUCGACACGCGGUAAGGGUAUACCAUCCUACUGCCGUAAGAUUACUCAGAUAAUUGAGUUCUCCGUUAACUCGCUGCCACCAGAUAGCCGUGUGAUACGUACUUGCGGUUUCCAGAAUCAAACCUCGACCAAUUAUUGUUAUCAGCGUGCCGGUUUUGGUGGCCGUCAGGUGGUCUGCUCCUGUGAUACGGACAAUUGUAAUGGAGCCGGUGCCUUGCAAGCCUCCACCAUGGGUCUGGUGACUCUAUUGGCAGCUCUAUUUGCCGGCAAAUGGCUAUUGCAGCGUUAAAUAACCAAGACAAAAAGAAGAGAUGUUUCAGUUUUGUUUUUUGGUUUUGUUUUACACCCCAACCGCUCCCCCGCUCAAAAAAAGUAAAGGUUUUAGUGCAGUCUUCUGUAACUCAGUUUCGUUAAUCCAUCCGAACCAAUCUCAGUGCUGCUUUAAGGCAUGCUCUGAUCCAAAUAGUUUUUCUAAACAAAGAAAAUCGUUAAAAGCUUUACAUGAAACAAAAAGAGAUUUCUCUUUAAAUUUUAAUUGUAUAUAAUAAUUGGCCAGCAUCAGAAUCCAUAAAAACAAAAACCUAUUGACUAUAAUGUGAAUUUUUGAAACUAAAGUAUUGAAAAAAAAAAAACAAAUAAACAUGAACUAAAACCUA